GGCCUGGCGACGGGUAAAAGAAUCGCACACCAAUAUUCCCAAAGUCCAAACCACCGUAUAUCCUAGACGCCUCCCUAGAUCGCCGUGAAAUCGAACCGGCCACCGCCAUCAUCGCCGGUGCAACAAUGGCAGGAGUAUCACUGAAGUGCGGAGACUGCGGAGCGCUACUGAAAUCGGUUGAAGAAGCACAAGAACACGCAGAGCUCACCAGUCAUACCAAUUUCUCUGAAUCCACCGAAGCCGUUCUUAACCUAGUUUGCUCUACCUGUGGCAAACCAUGCCGCUCUAAAACUGAGAGUGAUCUGCAUACCAAGAGGACUGGGCAUACUGAAUUUUCGGACAAGACUUCGGAGACGGCGAAGCCAAUUACAUUGGAGGUUCCCAAGAAGCAAAGUAACGAUGAUGUGGAUAUGGCGGAUGCUAGUACUACCGGCGAACCAGAGGAAAUGGUUGUUCCUGAUGUUGACUUAAAACUACUAGAGGAGCUUGAGUCAAUGGGUUUUUCAAAGGCAAGGGCAACCCGGGCACUUCAUUUCUCUGGGAAUUCGGAUCUUGAGGCUGCUGCAAAUUGGAUUGUCGAACAUGAGGAUGAUGCUGACAUAGAUCAGAUGCCUAUGGUGUCUGCCAAGAGUAAAUCAGAGCCUCCUAAGCCUUCUCUUACUCCUGAGGAAAAGAAAGCAAAAGCGCAAGAGCUGAAGGAGCGAGCUCGCAAAAAGAAAGAAGAGGAAGAAAGGAGAAUGGAAAGAGAGCGAGAGAAGGAGCGAAUUCGAAUUGGUAAGGAGCUACUUGAAGCAAAGCGUAUAGAGGAAGAUAAUGAAAGAAAACGUAUUAUAGCCUUGCGGAAAGCAGAAAAAGAGGAGGAGAGAAGAGCUAGAGAAAAAAUCAGACAGAAGUUGGAAGAGGAUAAGGCUGAAAGGAGGAGGAAGCUGGGAUUGCCUGCAGAAGAUCCCUCUGCCCCAAAACCUUCUGCACCUGUAGUGGAGGAAAAGAAGAGUUCGUUGCCCAUCAGGCCUGCUACAAAAGCAGAGCAAAUGAGAGAGUGCUUACGAUCUCUCAAGCAGAGCAAUAAGGAUGACGAGGCAAAAGUGAAGACAGCAUUUAACACUCUUCUGACUUAUGUCAAGAAUGCUGCAACUAAGCCCGAGGAGGAAAAAUUCCGCAAGAUCAGACUUAGUAAUGCUGCCUUUCAGGAUAGAGUCGGGAAAUUGGAAGGCGGCAUUAAGUUUCUUGAGCUAUGUGGAUUUGAAAAGGUUGAAGGCGACGAAUUCUUGUUUCUGGCUAGGGAUAAAAUCGAUCGAGCUGUAUUGAAUUCAGCUGGAAGUGAGUUGAACAGUGCCAUCAAUAAUCCUUUCUUUGGAGUUCUUUGAUUCCCCAACCAAAUACAGAUUGGUAUCUUUCUUCCUUUCAACUUCACAUUGGUAUGUAAAACCAUCUUUUUAUUAGCACUGUUUAUUCUUCUUUCAUGCUAUGAGUAAAGUUUUUAAGUUUUCUGGAAUAACGAUUGAUGAAAAGAUCGAGAUUUGUAUC